CUGUUGACUCCGCUCUCCGCCACGUUGGUUCCCUUACGUGUGUGUCGCAUUCUCCUGCGCACCACCAACGUUAUGUUUGUGCUGAGGCGGGAAAUGGCGUCCGCAGACAUGGUUGUUCUGUGACUAGCCACCGAGCAACAGACACCGCUGGCAGCAACAACCACGGCCCGACCUCUAUCGGUGGCCGUAACGGUCGUGGCCGAGAGCUGACAACGCUGCGGCAGGUUGAAGAGCUUCCCAGAUUAUCGGUAAGAAACAAACAACGUCAACAUGUAAACAAAAAAGAUUUUUCUAUGUGACGGUGGCGCAUGAUGAGGCUGAGAGUGCGUAAAGCUCCUCAGCAGCCGAACUUAGGCCGUCGAACCCACCCAUCCCAGGCCAAACGGAAAUACUGUGAAGUGGAGCCAUCCUCUGUGAGAGGUCGAGGCAAAAUGCAGAAGAAUGAAACAGGCCUGUUCUCCACAAUAAAGAAAUUCAUCCGAGGAAAUGCUGUUAAGGUGGAGCAGGACAUCCCUGCCAAGAGGAGUCGUAUUGAUUGUAAUUCUGAUAGUGAUCUAAUUACUUCAACACCACAGACUAGAGGCCUUUCCAACAAAUCAGUCGCCCGAGUUUGCCGGAAAACUCCAAAUAAAGCCACAAUGACCUGCAACAGUAAACCCAUCAAACCAAACGGUAAACUAGACGCCCCUGUUGAGGCAGCAAGCAGCCCACCACGCACCACCCUGCUCGGAACCAUCUUCUCUCCAGUCUUCAACUUUUUCUCACCAGCAACUAAAACUGCCACUCCUGGUUCAGACUCUCCUGGCCAAGCGAUGGAGGCAGAGGAAAUCAUGAAACAGCUGGACAUUGAGCAGGCAGAGGAAAUGCCAAGCAGCACUCUCACAUCCACAGAGGGCAUCACUCCAUGUCACACUGACCCAGUGUUGCCACCGAGGCUUCAGAUUACCUCCGAUACAACCAUAGAAGAGGGGGAGAUCGUCACUGAAACCGACAUGCCCCCAUUAACAGCUCCUGGUUGUAUGCCAGUCGGCAGUUACCCACACGCGUUACCCUCAGCUCCUCCAGAAACCUCAUACGAAGAGGACUGGGAAGUUUUUGAUCCAUACUUCUUCAUCAAGCAUGUGCCUCCUCUGACAGAAGAGCAGUUAACACGCAAACCAGCGUUACCUUUGAAAACGCGCAGCACACCAGAGUUUUCUCUCGUCUUAGAUCUGGAUGAGACUCUGGUUCACUGUAGUUUGAAUGAGCUAGAAGACGCAGCCCUGACAUUCCCUGUGCUCUUUCAAGAUGUAAUAUACCAGGUAUAUGUGCGGUUGAGGCCCUUUUUCCGUGAAUUUCUUGAGCGUAUGUCUCAAAUGUAUGAGAUUAUUCUCUUCACGGCUUCAAAGAAAGUCUACGCUGACAAGUUGCUCAACAUCCUGGAUCCGAAAAAACAAUUGGUCAGACAUAGGCUGUUUCGUGAGCACUGUGUGUGUGUUCAAGGAAAUUACAUUAAAGACCUAAACAUUCUCGGACGGGAUCUUUCCAAGACGAUAAUAAUUGACAACUCACCCCAAGCCUUUGCUUAUCAGCUUUCCAAUGGAAUCCCUAUAGAGAGCUGGUUUGUGGAUAGAAAUGACAAUGAGCUUCUAAAGCUUGUUCCUUUCCUCGAGAAGCUUGUGGAGCUGAAUGAAGAUGUCAGACCGCACAUCCGAGAACGGUUUCGUUUGCACGACCUCCUUCCUCCAGACUGAGCCUUUCAGUUCAUGAUGGUAUCAACGGUGGAAAAAAACUGACUCCUAGAAGGAUCUAUUCGGUGGUUUGCAAACAAAACAUUGCCAUUAUUAUCAUUAUUAUUAUUAUUUUUUUUUAAAUCAUGCAAAAAAUUGAAAGCUAUGUUUGAGUCAAAAAGCCCUGGAUGUUUUUAUACAUACGCACUCGAACCCGCCUCAGAAUAAAGGGACCUGCUCGCUGCAGCAGGUACUUAACUUUUUUGCUCGCUUCUUUUUAGUGCGACCUUGAAAACGGCCUCCUGGAAGGUAUUUUGUCUCUUAGGAACCAUUUUGGAUUGACAAAACUGAAUGUCAUGCAGUGUUGGAUUAUAUGGACCUUGUUGGCUUCAGCCUGACCUUGAACGGCCAGUCAAACCUGUAUAAUAUUCACUCUAUUUACUUGUAAAUAUAUGUACAUAUUUUUUUUCUUCAAGGUUUUUAAGUCAUUUUAUUUUCACUUCAGAUUUUAGUAUGUAUUCUUUGAUUCGGUUUCUUUUAUAAACCAACAAAAUGUUAGUGUGUUUUGUUUGAAGUUGUUGAUAAACUGCUGCUUUUCUGUUGUAUGCCUGCAUUAUUCCUGUGAUGCUUUACUCCAUUACAUGCAGUUGUCUGUAAUAAGGUGCAGUUUUAAAAAUGUAUCUUUGGGAGGAAAAUGUUUCUGAAAUAAUAUUUUAAAGCUCUGUAAUGUAAGUUAGAAUAGGGUCUCAACUGAAUACAAAGCCAUAAUGGCAGAACAAUAAUUUUGGAGAUUUGUAUUUGAAAGUCCAUUUCUGAUUUCGAUACCUUGAUCGUCCUCUUUGAUGACGGGUGGUGGGGGAGGUGGGUGAGUGGGAGGGGGGUUCAGGCAUCUUGCACUUUGACAUCCAGCCCUUUGUAAGUUGAUGUAAAAUCUUGUCACUUUUCUACACAGGUGUGUAUCACCUCAAUUUGUUAUGUGGGGAGGAAAAAAAAGAAAUUGUAGCACCAGCAAAUUGCCAACAUGUUUGCUUUCAAAUCUUGUUUUCCAAGACGUCUUGUAUGUGGGAUCUUUAUGAUGUAGGAGUCACAAGUUUUAUUGACUAUUGAAUGAUCACUCCUGUUGUAUUCAGUGUUACUCUGGUUUCCUUGAAAAUAAAUACAUUUUUAUACGA